AUGAUCGUUUUUACUUCCUUGCUUUGGCUGGUAGCUUACUCGAUAGUCCUCCUGAGCGUCUCCCUCGCAUUCAUUCGACAGUCCCAUUCGGUCGUAGCGAAAUCGAGUUCCUUAAAAAAGGCGCCGGGUGGGAAGUGCUAUCUUCUAAGCAGUCAUGUUAAGAGAAGGACGUCGCAUCAGCUGCGGCCCCCAAAUGGUGAUGAGGACAGAUGUAGGAGAUGGUAUCAUAUAUUUUACUACCCUGAUCACCGGGGGGGGAACCAUUACCAUGGCGGGGACCAUCACCAUGGGGGGAACCAACACCAUCGGGGAAACUCCGAAUUUGUUCGGAAGUUUAACAAAAGGAACUGUUUUCUAAAGCCAGCCAUUUUUUCAAAAAGUGAGCAGCAUAAACUCUGGGCAGAUGUGCAGGAUUCUUUUGGCCAGGGCGUCGACCAUGGGAUGGAGGAGCAUGUAGACAGAGCAGCCACAAACAGAGAGAACCACCCCGUUGAGGAAGUAGGAAAUACGGAUGGAGACGACGAAUUCGACCUCAUUACCGACCACAUCUUAGUUAGAAAAAAUAGAAAAUCCAUCAAAGAACUCAUGGAAGCAGGCAUUUGGGGAGCCCCAAAAGAGAACCUCAAAAUGAUUAGAGAGAGGACAAACAAAAAAAUAAAUUGGAAUUACAUCCUAAAAAAGAACAACAAACUUUUAAGUGAUAAUGUUGACCACAUAUACAACGAAAUUUACAGCAAAGAAAAUGUGGAUGAUAUUUUUUUCGUUUUCGAUACGAACCCGUAUAGCUAUUUAAACAUCACGAUGAGUGUCUUUUCGCUGCACAAAAUUACGACGAGUUAUUUGAAUGAAAGGCGACAGAGAGUAGGUUGUUCUUUUAGAGGAAAGAAGGUGGACGUGCUGCCGUCAAGUGGGCAAAGUAAGGAUCCACUGAGGGAUGACCGUCCGAAUGAUAACUUCCUCACCAUGGACGGAGGCGGCGAGGACACCUACGGAGAGGUGGACGAUCGGAACAUCCUAAAGCUGAAGGAGGAGAGGAAGAGACUAAAUGACAUCACGCGGAACAGGAACUUUAUGAGAAUAGUAGGAAGCAUAAACAAGCAUCUUAAAAUUAUAUAUAAAAUAUUUUCCACAAAUGAGAAGUUAACCACCUACGAAAAGAAUAGAGACAUGUACAAAUUCAUUCCCUACAUAAACAUCAAGGAUAUUAUCACCAUCUUGAGAUGCUUCUCCAUUUUGAAAUUCGACCACACCAAUAUUUUUAAGUACAUAUAUUUUUUCCUCGUUUUUUUUAUGGACCAGUUCGAUAUGUACCUGCUGUGUGAGGCUGUGUACCUUUGCUUGGUGAAGAAGAUUUACGUCCGCCCUCUCUUCCUCAACUUUUCGAAGCGCCUUCUGGGGUACCUGCAGAGGGGAGAAAGGGGAAGCAAUAAGGGAAACAUUACGGGAAGUGGUACGGGAAGUGAUACGGGACGCGCUGAUCCUGUGAUGAAGGAUGCCUCGAACGAUGGCGCUAUCGCGGCCGAUGUUGCCUCGCUCUCACCGUACGACGAAGGAAACUUGGAAGUCUUCUGUCGCAACAUGGAGCAGGCAUUGCAGAGGGACGACCCCGAAUCGGACUAUUUCGCCUCCUCCCCCUUUCACAUGAAGCACUUCAGCUACUCUCUCUACCACAAUGCGAACUACUCCUCCUUAAACAACUCUCAAGAUGAGCUGGAGAAGGGAAAGCAGCGAAAAAGUGAUGAGGUGAACAGAUUUGCUGCCCAAGAUUUGAGACACGAGAAAACGGAAUUUAUCGAUUCGGGAAAAGAACAAAGCAAGUCGAAGGAACCAACAGAAGUGACGUCUCCCUCCACGGUGGAUAAUCGACCCAUCUGCUUCCCUGUCUACUGUCUCUACACCCUGUGCAAGUUCCCCUACACGAAUGUACAAAUAUUAAAUAUCAUCACGUCUCAAAUUAUGGAGAAAGCACCAGAGCUAAGCAUAGAAGAGCUGAUUCUCUCCUUUUACAGCCUCGCUGAGUUGGAGGUCGACUCUCCUAAGCUUUUGAAUGUCCUCUUUUUGCUAAUUUUUAAGUGUCUUCAUUUUUUAGACCACAGAAAUAACGGCCUGGUUACCAAGCUGAUAAGAGCCUUGUACAUGGUUGACGGGGAGAUUUCGGCUCCUCCGGGUGAGGAGAAGCGCUGUGAAGAGGUGAAAACACUGAUGCUGCAUUAUCUAGCCAAAAUGGUCUUUCAUAAUCGAAACAACUACACGCCGAUCGAACUGGUUGAUAUCAUUCGGUACAUGUCAGGCCUCGCACACAUCGACAAGGAACUAUUCAAUUUCGUCUACCAGAUGCCAUUUUUACAAAAUUUGAAUCAAGACACAUUGGAUUAUUACAAGAACAACGUCUAUUUUAAUCAGUCCUAUUAUGCGUACACCAAAGACAGCAGCGUUAACACUCCCAUCGAGAUAAUGGUGUGUAAGCUGUACCAGUCGUACUUGGCAUACCGCGCGUGGGGGGUGGGGUCAUCAGAGACGGGUUGUUUGCAACAGGAGGGUGCUUCACCACAGACGGGGGACAUCCCUGCUCUGCAAGCCAUCCUCGUGCACAACGACAAGGUGAAGCCGUUUCAGUACGGACCAAGGCUGCUGCAGCUGCUGAAGCAAACCUACACAAACAACAUGCGCAUAUCCUCCUACAGCUCCUCCUCACUGCACUACGAAAUGGCAGACAUAAUUAAGAAGGAUUUAAAGAUUCCCUGCCAUGUAGAAUACGUGACAGACAAAGGGCUUUUCAUUGACAUUGUGAUACUUCGCGAGGACUUGCUAAAAUUCGAUGCGUCUUUUUCUGGGCUUCGUAACAUCGCCAUAGAGGUGAAUGGCCCGUUCCACUACAAGACCAAGUCAUACAGCGGGGGAAUUCCACACCUCAACACGAAAACGGUCGUCAAGCGGAGGCUGCUGGAGCACGACAACUGGCACGUCAUCUCCCUCCCCUUUUGGGAGGUGAAGCCAUGGUUCAGCAAGAGCAGAAAGGAAAACUACAUCUUGCGAGUGCUUCCCGAUGAACUGAAGUCCUUUUUCAGUGACAAAGUCGGGGCGCCUUAA